AUGGUAGCUGAAGUUGUAGACUAUCGAGUUUCUCGACUUGUAGUCCUUUGUAAGGACUGUGGUCAUGAUGUUGGUCUCUACCCUGCUCGUCACAAAUGUAAAAUGUCCGAUGCAAAUGCUCCUCCACUCCCUUCUAUGCCCAAGCAACAUCUUUCGUCUAACAAAUCCAACACCAAUAAGCAGAGUAAUGAUAAUAAUACUUCUGAACAGUCUUCGGCCACUAGUUUGUGGAGCAAACUUAAGACUGUAAAUAACUGGAGAGAAAUGGCUGAAGACGAUUCUGUCAAACCGAACGUAUCGCAAUCUACUACUACAAGUGCAAAACUAUGGGAUAAAUUGUUAAGUGCAGCAUCAUCAGCUUAUAGUGUUAUUGAUGAUAAUUCUGAUAAUGAUUCAGAAAAAGAAGAUUGGGAAGGUGAAACUCAUAUUUCUCGUAUAUUACGUGAAUAUCAUCAACAAAAGUCUGGUGAUAUUCCAGAAUGGUUAUAUGAUCAUAAACCUAUUCCUUCACAGAAUAAUUCUACAAAAAAUUCUAUUUCCUCUCAAAUAAAUAAAAUUCCUCCUCCUAAUAAAAUUCCUGCUGAAGCACGUUCCAUGAGUAGAAGUCGUAGUGCUAAUAAUCUAUCAAAUAGAAUUGAUGAUCAAAGAAACUUUGUCCCUCCACCUGUUCCAAAUAAUUAUGACCCGAGAAUGCAUAAUAAUAGACCUCCAAACAAUUAUGAUUCACGAUUUUAUAAUAAUAAUAGGCAUCCAAAUAAUAAUAGUUCAGGAAUGCAUAGUGAUAGGUUUAAUAAUGAAAGGUAUAAUGAUGUAUUUGGUGAUAGAAUUGUUGAAGGGCUUAAUGAUAAGCCUAAUGAUAGGGCCAAUAUGUAUCAUCAACGAGGAAAUCAAUUACCUCCAAGAUUACAACCACCUUCUGAUGAUGUCGCUAAAUUGUCUUCCAAAAAGUCACAGAAACUAUUACGUGUAAAUCCCGCUGAACAUAAUAGAGCAAGAAGUGUUAGCCCUAAUCCUUCAUUUCGUGAUCGGAAUGCUAAUCAACCAAAUCAACAAUCAAGAGGUUAUAGAACAGCUGGUUACUUCUAA